UGGCAUAGUCACACAAAGUCAAAACAAGCCUCAGAGGCAAAGGAAAGGGGCCGAAACCCUGAGAACCAUAAAAUGACGAAUGAGAAAACUCCUCCCCACGGAAGAUAUUCAGGUAUAUAAAAGGCAUGUGAUGGAACACUUAAGACCUAAAACAUCACUGUCAAUCUUGAGUCUGGAUGUUUAGCUUAGGAAGAAAAAAAAAAAAAAUGAACACUAAGCCUGAUGUGAUUCAAAAGUGUUUGUGGCCUGCAUGCCUUGUAGGUCUGUUCAUCCCUGGCGCCCUCUCUCUGCACUGUAACUUGCUGCAUCUUCACCUGAGGGAAGUCACCUGGCAAAAUCUGAGACUUCUGAACAGCAUGAGCAAUUCAUUUCCUGUAGAGUGCCUAAGAGAAACCAGAGCUUUUGAGUUGCCCCAAGACAUCCAAUCACACACCCCACCUGGGAAAAGGUACCUCAAGGAGGCCUUCUAUGAAAUGUCCACACAGGCCUUCAACAUCUUCAGAGAGUCCACCACCAAAUCCACUUGGAAAAAGAAAAACCUGAAACAAAUCCAAAUCAGACUUGAUUGGCAGAUGCACCACUUGGAAAAAUGCUUCGAGGAAGAGGAGAAAGGGAAGGAAGACUCGAAACGGAUGGAAGAGGAUGGGAUGGACUUCUCAGGAGCUAUGGUCUCCCAGGUGAGCAGCCUAGAACUGAGGAGAUAUUUCUAUAGGAUGUACAACUUCCUGAAAGAUAAGAAAUACAGUCCCUGUGCCUGGGAGAUCAUCCGAGUGGAACUCAGAAGAUGUUUCUACUACUUCUAUAAAUUAACACUACUACUCAGGAAGAAAUAAGGUAUAUUCUUAGAAUUAAAAUUCCAUUUCUCUCCAACAGCUCCUUCUCUUUCAUCUUCUUUUUAAGAAUUAUUGGGCUAUUCUCCAUUGGAGUGGUGGUGAUUUAUGCAAGGUUUGGAGUCUCUAAAGUUGGCCUUGAGACAUCAGCUACCUUUCCAAGAGAGGUGAUGCCAACCAUCCCCUGGGUACCCUGAAUCUUGUUAGAAAGUUCCAAAGUCAGUUCUAAAGGAAUGAGAUUCUCUUCAUGUUCUUCUACUGUUUUCUUCCCCAUUCCUUGUGCCAUUUUGUACUCACUUUGCUCUACUACCUUUGAACUUCACCCAGCCAAUGGCUAGAGGAUGUAGCCCAGAGAAUGUUGCAGAAUGUAACACCUCAAUGACUUAAUCCUCCUGCUGCCAAGGCUGUUUAUUCUAUGAAAAUUUAGCUUGU